UUAAUUUUUAAAGUUACGUUUAAAUCAAAAUGGCUGACACAUUAAAAGAGUUAGUUAAGAAACGUGGCAGUCUUAAGGCUAAAUUAACUCUCUUUAAUACUUAUAUUAACGUGGCUAAAUCGUGUGAAAGAUUAAGUGAGUUACAAAUAACGGAGUUGCAGUGUCGUUUAGAUAAAAUAGAAUCGGUAUAUCCAGAGUUUGACGCUUUGCAGAUGGAGAUCGAAGCGUUAUCUGAGAAGCCCGAGGAGGCGUACGCGGAGCGGGAGCAGUUUGAAAGCCAUUUCUUUGUGUUGGUCUCGACUGCUCGACUUCUUUUGAGUCCGACGGUGCAGGCGAGCGGCGACCGGGCCGGCUCCGGCUGCGGAGCGGCUUCCACGUCAUGCUGCGCCGGCGCCGGCCGGCAGGACUUCGUUCGUCUGCCCAAGAUCGACCUGCCUCACUUCGAUGGGAACUAUCAGCAUUGGCUCGGAUUUAGAGAUACGUAUAUUUCCCUUAUUCAUAAUAAUCCCUCAAUAAACGACAUUAGCAAAUUUCACUAUCUUCGUGCAUCUUUAAAAGGCAGUGCCGCCCUUGUUAUUCAAAGUCUUGAUUUUAGCAGUGAUAAUUAUCAUAAAGCAUGGCAAUUAGUGUCGGAGCGGUUUGAUAACCCGCGCCUCUUAAUAAAUAAUCAUAUCCAGGCCCUGUUUAACCUUGAACCUAUGCAACGUGAGUCGAGCUGUUUGUUACGUGGCAUGGUGGACGUGACAAACAAAAAUUUGCGUGCGCUCAGUACUUUAGGAGAACCUACCGAUCAUUGGGACACGUUAGUUAUUUAUAUAAUGUCUAAGAAGUUAGAUGCAGUAACUAAGCGUGAAUGGGAAGAGCAUAGGAACCUGUUAACAGGUUCGCCGACGUUGCAGCAAUACAUUACAUUUUUAAAUAACAGGGCCGACUUAUUAGAGUCUCUUGGCAGUGAUAACUUUAAUAAAGUUAGUGACAAUUGUGACAAAACAUCGAAACAUAAAUUGCAGUCUCAUUACGAGCCGCAAAAAAUACAUACUUAUCUUACAACUACAACUACUAACAAGUCUUAUCGCAAACCUAUUGUUUGCCCUUAUUGUUCACAGGAUCAUUUCUUAUUUACCUGUGAAUCUUUUCGCAAAUUAGAUGUUGAUAGUAGAAUAAAUAAAGUGAACGGUUACGCAGUAUGUAAAAACUGUCUUCGGCCGGGACACUUAGAAAAACAAUGUGUAUUAUCUCAUUGCAAAUACUGUAAACAUAAACAUAAUACUCUUUUACAUAAGGACAUUGAAAAAGAGCCUUCUAGCAGUGACGUUCCGAUGCCAGCAGUUCAUUUUAGCGGCCACCUACAAACUAAACUGUUCAACCCUACUGAGACUUCCGGACUACUGUCCACAGCGUUGGUGCACGUGAGUGACGCGAAUGGGGUGCUGCAUGAGGCGCGUCUGCUCCUGGACAACGGUGCUUCCCCCAACUUUGUGACGCGUGAUCUGUGCGGGCAGCUCGGCCUAGCGACACACUGCGCUGGAGCUACGAUCACAGUCAAGGCAUUUGGAACUUGUCACAAGUCUUCAGGCAGAGUCGUUUCUUACUGCUCUCCACCACUUCAUGAGUCGUCGUGGAAAGCCUCAAACUCUGUGUUGUGUCAACCAUACUUCGUUUGUUAGGACAUCAAACGAACUCCGUAACCUUUUAAUUUUUAAUUUAACACAAUAAGCUAAGCUGCAGUCUGGUAUGGCAGCAAAUUCUACCUAUCUCAAAAUUAGCCUCAUUUUUUACAUACCUACUCUUUAGCGGAUCUUAGAAAACAGUUAUCUUAAACACAUUUUAUACCUACACUCAAUAUACCUUUUAGAAUUAAAUUGUUGCCUGAUUCAGAUAGUAGCUAUUUCGAAUUCUAGGCCCCUUACACCCUUACCUUCUGAUUCAUUUGAUCUUACCUAAUACAUACCUAUCACUUUUAAUUUCCUUAUUGGACGUUCUCUUCUGUCAGUCUUACAAAAAGUCGGACUGAAGAAAACAUCUCAAGGCCUAAAAGUUUCCGGGGAGUACUGGAACCGCCUUUCUAAUGAGUAUGUUACUCUCCUCCAGCAGAAGACGCAGUGGCACACCGCGCACUUCCGCCUCUCCUGUGACUGCUGGGACGCGUCACGAAGCUGCACCUGGGCAUGGACAUCGUCACCAGAGUCGCCGACAUCCGUCCGAAGAAAAAAGACAUCCGUAUUCUUCUAUUACGUCGCUUGUCGUUUUACUUCCUUGCUUGUUAAUUUUCAACUUUAAUUUCCCUUUUAUCCUUGUUUAUCUUGAGUCUCUCACUCAAAGCCCGGGAGU